GGCGCGAGUAAAAAAGAGGAAAGGAAAAGUAAACGGGAAGGUCUGAAGCAUGUUCAUAUAAGCUGCGAGUUCUGUAAUGGGGACUGGUCUCUUUAGUCAUUCCUUUGUCUUACCAACCAAUUUUCUCAAUUCCUUUUUCCUUUAACUUUCCUUAUCACUCUCUAAUUUACUCUUUAAUUUAAAUUAAACCUUCAGAAGACUUGCAACGACUCUCCUCUCCUCUCUCUCUCAUUCCACACGAACACAAGAAAUCUCAAACUGAAUCAUGAAAAAAGGAACAUUAAACCCUAUUGUGGAGCUGAAGCUCGCUCUUCCUCCUCCUGAUGAAGUCUCCUUUGCUAAGUUCUUAACUCAAAGCGGUACUUUUAUGGACGGCGAUCUACUUGUUAAUCGCGAUGGUGUUCGACUUGUCUCUCAAACUGAACCCGAAGCACCACCCCCAAUUAAGCCAUUGGACAACCAAUUAAGUUUAGCAGACAUAGACACCAUUAAGGUCAUUGGUAAGGGAAGUAGCGGAAUUGUACAGUUGGUGCAACAUAAAUGGACAGGCCAGUUUUUUGCAUUAAAGGUUAUACAGAUGAAUAUUGAGGAGAAUUCAAGGAAAGCAAUUGCCCAGGAAUUAAAAAUUAAUCAAUCAUCACAAUGUCCAUAUGUUGUCAUGUGUUACCAAUCUUUCUAUGACAAUGGUGCCAUUUCAAUUAUCUUAGAAUAUAUGGAUGGAGGAUCUCUGGCUGAUCUUCUGAAAAAAGUUAAAACAAUACCAGAACCAUAUCUUGCUGCUAUUUGUAAACAGGUGCUCAAGGGUUUAUUAUAUCUUCAUCAGGAAAAGCACAUUAUCCAUAGGGACUUGAAACCUUCUAAUUUAUUAAUAAAUCACAGAGGAGAAGUCAAAAUCACUGACUUUGGUGUGAGUGCGAUAAUGGCAAGCACCUCUGGGCUGGCUAAUACUUUUGUUGGUACAUACAACUAUAUGUCUCCUGAGAGAAUUAGUGGAGCAAAGUAUGGCUACAAAAGUGACAUUUGGAGCCUGGGUUUGGUAUUAUUGGAAUGUGCAACUGGUAAAUUUCCAUAUUCCCCUCCAGAGCAGGGUGAAGACUGGGUUAAUGUUUAUGAGCUUAUGGAAGCUGUUGUUGAGCAACCACAACCUUCCGCACCUUCUGAUCAAUUUUCUCCAGAGUUCUGUUCGUUCGUGUCUUCAUGUGUGCAGAAAGACCCAAACAACAGACUGUCAGCCCAUGAGCUUAUGGCACAUCCAUUAAUGAACAUGUACGAGGACCUGCAUGUGGAUCUCUCAUCUUACUUCACAAAUGCAGGCUCUCCACUUGCAACCUUUUGAAGUAAUUGAUAGGACGUGAGGCAAUUUAGGGAAGGUACCUGCCUGAAAUUUUGAAGACUUGGUGAGGUUUUAGCUGCCAUUGCAAUUGAAAAAUAAACUGCUUGCUGCCAUUACAAUGACAAGUUUUAUGGCUGUAAAAAAAAGCAUUAUUACUUUCAUGGAAACUUACCGGCACCAAAAGAUUUAUCGUGCAAGGAACAGAUACUGUUGAAUUGAGGGCUUAUCAUUACUGGUAAAGGUGCUUUUUAAUAUUAAUGUUGGUGUCAAUGAAUAUAUACAAUGUCCGUUGUAACUUGUACUAUUCUUGAUAUUAACCUUCUAAAUUUUGUAAUUAACUUGAGAGUAAUUAUGUUAGCUUUUCUUAAUAAUUAAUUUAUUUUAGAGAUUGGAAAA